UCCAAAGUAUCAUCAAUGGAUGAAGCAGGACAAAUUGAUUACCUCUUGGUUAUUCAGCUCCAUGUUCGAAGAAAUUUUGGGAGAGAUGAUUCAUUGCAACACUGCCAGAGAAGUUUGGCAGAUUCUUGAAAACCUAUACACAUCAAGAAACCUUGCAAGAGUUAUGCAACUCAAAUCGAAGCUAGAAAACAUCAAGAAAGGUAACCUACCUUUAAAAGAUUACUUUCAAAAAGUAAAAGCGCUUGUUGAUUCACUUGCUGCGGCUGGAAAAAAGGUUACUGUUGAAGAUCAUAUUAUGCAUAUCUUGACGGGUCUGAGAAGUGAAUUUGAAUCGACGGUUUCGGUUAUCUCUGCGAGAACACAAACCCAGACACUUCAAGAAGUUUAUUCUCUCCUUCUCUCACAUGAAGGGCGUAAUGAGAGGAAUUCGAUUAACACUGAUGGUACCCUACCAUCUGUUAAUCUUACCCAGCAAACAAAGAAUUCCAAUUCUGCUCAAAGCAUCGAUGGUCAGCGUCCUUAUAUGCAGAAUAACAGAAGCAAAAACAGUGGCAACCCUAAUUUUAGAAGAAAUUGGAAUAGCAAUAAUCGUCCCCAAUGUCAGAUCUAUGGCAAAUUUGGGCAUACUGCAUUGAGAUGCUAUCUUCGGUUUGAGAAAACAUUCUUGGGGCCAAAUGGACAAUCACAUAUGCAACAUAAAUUUUCUGGUGGAUCUAAUUCCAGCAUAAAUUCGAACAUGACAGCAUUUGGGAAUCAACAACAGGCCUUCACCAAUGGAUUUCAGCCUAACUCAAAUUCUCAUAUGGCUGCCUUUUUAGCUCAACAGGAUUUUAAUCGGGAUACCAAUUGGUACCCAGAUUCAGGUGCAACAAAUCAUGUUACAAGUAAUUUCAACAAUCUGGCCACCAGCACAGAAUACACGGGUGACAAUCAAGUUCGGAUUGGGAAUGGUACAGGACCUUCAAACUGGCCACAUUUUACUCCAAGGGAAGGUACAUGAUGGUCUAUAUCGAUUUGAGUUGGAGAAGGCUGCUCCCACGUCCUC